AUGAAUCUCAAGACUUCGAUUAAAAAGACGAAUGCGCAUAGAAACGUCCGUGCAAUUCGACGCAAAGAUUCAGAUAGUAAUGAAUCGUGUAUUGAAAGCGAAUCCGAAGACGAACAGAUUCUGUUCAUGGAAGGGCAAGACAGUCCUGUCCAGAUUACAAUCAAUGGUCGCAAGAUAAAGAUGGUCGCCGACACCGGUUGUAGGCAGAACAUUAUUUCUUCCCAGUUGUAUACAGAGCAAUUCAAAGAACACCCACUCGAAAGCACAACCGAACAGUUUGUGGCAUAUGGUCAGAAGGUACCGCUAACCUGCCUUGGUCGAUUUAAAGCCAGUUUGAAAGCAGGUAUGAUGACUAUUCAUAGCUUUGUGUACGUAAUUAAAGGCCAAGCCGAGUCACUGCUCGGGAGAAAAAGCUGUUUUGACUUGGGAAUAUUCAAACAAGUCAAAUUUGUGAAGCAGACUAACUCUAACUCUAAGAAGAUUAAUGACCCAAGAUUGAACUCAUUAGUUAAUGAAUAUAAUGACUUGUUUCACGGGUUAGGUCAAAUUACAAAUUAUUAGCAUAAAAUUAAACUAGAUCCAAAUGUUAAACCAGUAAGCCAACGUCUGCGAAGAAUUCCCCUUAGUCAAAUAGAGCAGGUUAAUGAUGAAAUUGAUAAAAUGUUGAAGGAUGACGUCAUUGAAGAGGUACCCGAACCAAGCCCUUGGGUUUCUAAUCUUGUAGUGGUGCCUAAGGCAUCAGGAGGUUUAAGGGUUUGCUGCGACUUUAGAGAGUUAAAUAAAGCUAUUGUAAGGGAACGAUAUGUCCUUCCCAAAGUAGAAGACACUUUGGAUGCCCUAAAUGGCUCAAAAUAUUUUGCAAAAAUUGAUGCAAGAAGCGGAUUUUUCCAAUUAACGCUGUCAGAGGAAUGUAGAUAUUUGACAACGUUUAUAACAAACAAAGUCUGUUUUCGUUUCAAGCGUGUUCCGUUUGGGUUAAGCAAUAUCAGCGAAACCUUCCAAAAAGUUAUGGAAGAAAUUUUGUUCGGCCUAAAAAGGGGUAGAAAUCUCGGUAGAUGACGUCAUCGUUCACGCAGUAACGAUAGAUCAAUUAAUAAAUAGGCUGCACGAGGUAUUUGAAAGGUGUAGGGAACGUAACUUAAAGUUAAACCCUAAAAAGUGCGCGUUUAGGCAUGGUUAUCCUGGGGAAAUUGUCUCAGAUAACGGACCACAAUUUAUCACUCAGGAAUUUAGGCGUUUCUUGAGCUCUAAAGGAAUUAAGCAUGUACGUAGUUCGCCUUAUUUCCCAAGAAGUAACGGGAAAAUCGAACGGUUUCACAGGUAUUUGAAAAAGAAUUUUCAAGCUGUUACUCUUGAGGGUAGAUCCUGGGAGGAGGAGCUCCCUAAAAUUUUGAUGUCGUACAGGAGUAUUCCUCAUCCCAUGACAGGAAAAACUCCGGCAAGUUUGCUUUUUCAUAGGGAGAUACGUACAGAGCUUCCGUCAGUUAAGCUGAAUGUUGAUGUGAGCUCAAGCAAUGUAGAGGGAGAUGCACGAUCGUAUCAAAAGCGAAUGAAGUCUUAUCACGAUCGUAAACAACGUGCAAAAGCGCACUCGUUUGUGGUUGGUGAUAUGGUGUAUCUUGCUAGGAGUAAGUGUGAUAGUAAUAGUAAGCUGAAGUCUAAAUUUGACAAUAUUAAGUAUGUGAUUAUAGACUUUGUAGGAAGAGAUACUUGCAAG